CUCAAGCCAGUCUGGCAGUAAGAGAUCUUUACACUACAAAAACUGGGAGGCGACACGGAGAAAAACGGCCGCUCAGCAGGGAAAACCCAGUGGCUAAGCACCGCUAUUUCGGAGGCUGCCAAGCCAAAGCCUGCAUUAAUUCCCAAAGCUGAGGUUAACUACAAAGACCAAGAUCAAAGACAUAUCGGAUAUUUUCUUAGAGUCAGAUGCCAAAGGAACAAGGAUAAUUUAUCUCUGACCCCUGCUUUAUACUUUAUAUAUGACAGAUGACUGUUAAUUGUGAUUUUGUUGCCCAACUGAAUAGCACUGUCUGGCACUGUUUGACUGUUUAAAAUCAGAUUGAAACAGGAAUCUGUGGACUAUAUAGAGUUCUAACUGGAUAUAAGGUGCUAAUAUAUUGAACCUGGAUAGUGCUGCAGGUCAGCAGUUAGUUCCAUUCUGUUAAAGAGCUACGAAAGUGCUCAAACAUGGCUAUCAUGGAAGUGGCAGACAUCAUUGUUGUAGUGAUCUACUUCAUCCUGGUGCUGGCGAUCGGUUUCCUUGCCAUGUUGAAAGCCAACCAAAGCACAGUAAGCGGCUACUUCCUCGCUGGUCGCUCCAUGAAUUGGGCAGCUGUAGGAGCAUCUCUAUUCGUUAGCAACAUAGGAAGUGAGCAUUUCAUUGGACUAGCUGGAUCAGGUGCUGCCAGCGGGUUCAGCGUUGCUGCAUGGGAAUUCAAUGCUCUACUAUUACUCCAGUUGUUAGGCUGGGUGUUUAUCCCUGUGUAUAUUCAGUCCGGAGUCUACACCAUGCCAGAGUACCUCUCCAAACGGUAUGGCGGGAGGCGACUAAAGGUGUAUUUUGCCACAUUAUCUCUUGUCCUGUACAUCUUCACCAAGUUGUCUGUGGACCUCUAUGCCGGAGCCUUGUUCAUUCAGGAAUCUUUAGGGUGGAACCUCUAUUUGUCAAUUAUCCUCCUCAUUGCCAUGACAGCUUUGCUGACAGUCACUGGAGGUCUGGUAGCUGUCAUCUACACAGAUUCGGUCCAGGCGUCCCUCAUGAUCACCGGAGCACUCUGCCUUACAGGCAUCAGCCUCUUCAAAGUGGGAGGACUUGAAGGAUUGAGGACCAAGUACAUGCAGGCUACUCCAAACAUCACUGCCAUCUUGCUGUCUUCACCCAACCUGACAUAUUCUGAAUCUUGCCACCACCACCUCAAGCCGAAGCCAGAUGCUCUGAAAAUCCUUCGAGGCCCGAGGGAUCAAGACUUACCUUGGCCAGGUUUCAUACUGGGCCAGACUCCUGCCUCUAUUUGGUAUUGGUGUGCAGAUCAAGUGAUUGUACAGCGAGUUCUGGCAGCAAAGAACAUUGCCCAUGCCAAAGGUUCUACUAUCAUGGCUGGCUUUCUGAAAAUCCUCCCCAUGUUCAUCAUUGUCAUCCCAGGGAUGAUUUCCAGGAUUUUGUUUGCCGAUGAGUUGGCAUGUAUCAGCCCAGAACACUGCAUGGAAGUGUGCGGUUCCGCAGCCGGCUGUAGCAAUGUGUCUUACCCACGUCUCGUCAUGUCAGUGAUGCCCGUUGGUCUCCGUGGCCUGAUGUUGGCUGUCAUGAUCGCAGCUCUGAUGAGCGACUUGGACUCCAUCUUCAACUCAGCCAGCACCAUUUUCACGUUGGAUAUUUACAAGAUGCUACGAAAGCGGGUGUCAUCCCGGGAGUUAGUGAUAGUCGGCAGGUUUUUUGUGGUUUUCAUGGUGAUCAUCAGCUUUGCCUGGGUGCCGGUCAUCAUCGAGAUGCAGGGGGGGCAGAUGUUCUAUUACAUCCAAGAAGUAUCAGAUUACCUGACUCCACCCAUAGCUGCUCUCUUCUUGCUUGGUGUCCUGUGGCAUCGCUGCAAUGAGACGGGUGCCUUUUGGGGUGGGAUGGUAGGGUUUGCCCUCGGAGCAUUGCGUCUGGUUUUGGCAUUUGUUUACCGCGAGCCUCACUGCGACCGGCCUGAUGAGCGGCCAUCUUUCAUCAAAGAUGUUCAUUUCAUGUAUGUGGCGGCCAUCUUGUUUUGGGUGUCAGCUUUGGUGACUGUAGUUGUGAGUCUCUGCACUCCUCCACCUGGAAAAGAACAAAUCAGAACCACUACUCUUUGGGGGUUAAACAAGAGGGAGAGGCUAAAACUUCAAGAAAAACAAAAUACUGGAGAAGACAUCAAUGCUUUGAAGCAUCUAAACCAUGCAAUCCUAAAAGGAAACAGUUUGCUUGGUAAAGAAAAGUAUCAAGACCACCCAAACAUGCUCAAUGGCAAUAACGUAAAUGCUCAACCAUGCAAUGAUCAUGCUAUCACAGCCAGUGACAUAGAAACCCACAAUCCUAUCGAGAAUGGUUGCCACUCACUAACUGACCAAUCUGACCCUAAAAUGGUAGAAAAGGUAGAAGGAAGAGGAAGGAGGGAGGGGGCGGAUGAAGAGGAGGGCUGGGAGAUGUAUGAAGGACAAGUGGAGGGUGGGAGAUGUAUGAAGGUUUUACAUUGGAUCUGUGGCUUCCAAGAGAAGCAGCUCAAAACUCAGGUCAUUACCAUCCAGGAACAGGAGAAGAUCUUGGAUGAGCUUCUCCAUGAACCUCCACAAACCAGGAUCAUCCUGAACAUAGGACUGGUGGUGAUUUGCUCUGUCGGGAUCUUUCUCUUCAUCUAUUUCUCCUUAUAGGCUUGAUUAAUUCCAAGCAGUGGGCCACGUUUGUCCAUAACCUACAAGCAGGAAUGGUCUACAGGUAGGCCAUAUUCACUCUUCUUAAAGGUGCAGUAUACAAUUCUAAUACAUGUCUUUUGGUCAGAUUUUUAUAAUAUCUUCUCACAGUCUCCUAGGUGUCUGUUCUGUGUGUGUGCUGAAAAAAAUCAGGUGUACCCUGCCCGAGCCUCACAGCACUAUUCAAGCCAUGACUUAAGUGUUGGAUAAUGUUAAUUUACUUGCCCACGUUUAUAGUUUUCUAAAAUAUGCUUUUGUUGUGAUGAUCGCUUCACCGAGCAGCCACAACAUUAUGACCACUGACAGGUAAAUUGAGUAACACUGAUGAUCUCAAUACCAUGGCACCUGUCAGUCGGUGGGAUAUAUUAGGCAGCAAGUGAACAUAGUGUCCUCAUAGUUAAUGUGUUAGAAGCAGGAAAAAUGGGCAAGCGUAAGGAUUUGAAUGACUUUGCCUGGGGCCAAAUUGCGAUGGCUAGACGACAUGGUAAGAAAUAUACUCAGGAGUAGGCUAAGGAACAACCUGUUGAAAAGGUGUUUUUUUUUUAUUAGCACUUUUUGUAUGUUCUGAAAUGUAUUUUGUAGUUGGAGGGGGGUGUUGUGAACGCUGUUCAACAAUCUAGCAAGCACUGAAUGAAAAAGUAUUCCUCUUUUAAUAGGGAACUAUCAGGAACCCCUUCAACAGUACAGAGGUCCACAAACGCCUGCCUUUAGGAGAUCAGUGCAAAAAUUGUCGUUAUGGUGGUGGUAGUUAAUUACAUUCACCGACAAAUUGGGAAAACACCCAGGAAAACUUUAAAGUUUAUAUUUCUAUUUAAUAUGCACUUAAUCUACAUUAAUAAUCACAUCAUAAUCCUGUUGCUUUGACUAGACUGGCUAGCAAGGGGCCAGUGUUGGGCAAGUUACUCAGAAAUUGUAAUAUAUUACUAGUUACUUAUUACUCCUUAAAAAAACAUUAUUCUAACAUUGGACAGGUUUGUGCAGCGGUGUUCACGAGAGCGA